AUACUCUAUACAUACAUAAAACCCAAUGGUAAACUCAUUUUGCUACUAAACCCCUUUUUUGAGUUUUUUCCAAAUACUACAAAGAAAGAUUCCCAGUAGUAUUCUCAAUGUCAUACCACCACCAAUGCCACUGUCACUCCACACCCCCCACCCCCACCCCCACCUGCCACUGUACCAUGUGCUACACCACCACCACACAUUACUCUUCACCACCACCACAACCACCUAAUCCACCACUACAAUACCCCCAAACCCAUCAUCACGCGCCACCACAAGCCCAUAUUCACGCGCCACCACAUACCCAUCUUCACGCGCCGCCACAGAACAACUUACACCCGCCACCACAAACCCAUCUUUAUCAAGAAAACCGAAAACUGUCACUCAAUGACCCAACUGUAUCAUCCCUGAUCCACCGCAUCUCCGCCCUGGAAACCUCCCUCCGCCGCCGCUCAAAACACUCCCUCCGUGACGCCGCCGCCCGUACAAUACAAACCCACUUCAGAACCUUUCUUGUCCGGCGAUCCGUAACUUUACGCAACUUAAAGGAUCUUGCUUUCAUCAAAUCAUCACUCAAUAAGCUCAAAUCCUCUGUUUCUAAUAAACCCCAUUUCGAUUCUUAUCUAAUUUCUCGCCAAUCUUUAAAUUUGCUCAUCAAACUUGAUUCUAUUCAGGGUAGUGAUUCAAUGAUUAGAGAUGGGAAAAGAUCAAUUACUAGAGAAUUGAUUAAAUUUAUGGAUUUAAUUGAUGAAAUUUGUAUGGAAAGUCCGUUAAUUUCGGUUAAAAAUGUUAGAUUUAAUAAGAAAAAUGGUGUGGUUUUGCAAGCAGAGAAGAAAAUUAGGGUGUCUAGUGAAAAUGAAAAAAAGAUAUCUGAGAUUUUGAAAAAUAGAAUUAGAAAUAAAAAUAGGAUUGAGGGUUUGUUAAAAAGUGAACCGAAAACGAAGAAAAAUGUGAGAUUUGAUGAAAAUGGGAAUGUUUAUAGAUUAAUUGAAAGGAAAAAUAGUCAUGUCUCUUCGAGUGAUGGGAGUGAAGAAGAAGAAGAAGAAGAAGUUGUUGAAGAAAUCGGUGUUUCUUCUAAAGAAAUGGAAGUGGAAGUAGAAAACGAAAAAGAAGAUGAGUCGUCUUUGGAAAUGAGUGAAAAUGAGAUGGAUCCAAGAAAGAAUUUGCAAACUAGGAUUGAUGAUUUAACGAAAAAGAUUCAGCUCAGUCAAAAAUGUGACGAUGAAGAAGAAGACGAAGCAGAUGAUGAUGGAGAUGAUAGUUUUGUAUUCUCUGCGCCAUUGCCAGCGAAAAUGGAGUAUCGAGUGGAUUCAACGAGCAAAAAGCAGACUGCAAAACAAUAGACUUGGAUUUUGGAAAAGCAUUGUCGUAGGAGGUAUUCAGCUUUCUUUUAUUGCAGUAUUUGACGGUUUCUUUCCGAUUUUUUGUUAGCUGUUAUUUGCCAUUGUUGUUAGGGUGCUGUGGUUUGUUGUUUUGAAGUUGGUAGGAUAUAAGCUAAUUGUUUAGUGUUUAUAGCCUGGACACAGUUUUCAUGUAGAUUUUUGUAUUGAGGAUGCUUUGUGUGGAUUUAGUGCAGAACUUUUGUUGAUUACUUUGUUUAAAA